AUGUUUCCUCAACACAUAUAUCACAAGUUAGAAGGAGGGGCGAUUCGUUUACUCAGGAUCCAUUCUCGAUCAGACUUCACGCUUGAGAACACAUACUGGAAGAACAGCGCGCCUUAUGUUGCCAUCUCCCACUGCUGGGGGGACGCCGACGAUCUCUGCAAUGUCACUAUCAACGGAGCGGGAGUUUCGCUGCGGAAGCAUGUCGCAGCAAUGCUAGGCAGCCUCUAUGAACAUCAUCACUGCGAUCUACAAGAGAAGGCUGAGCAGGUGUCGUUGAUGGGACAAAUAUACGGAAAGGCUGACCAAGUCUACGCCUGGUUAGGAGAAUCGGACCCUGAAGUCGAUGACAUCUUCGACGUCUUACAGCAAUUUCGAGACUAUCGAGAGCAUGAGCAUUCGCUCGAACAUAUGGACGCUGCUGAAAGUCUAUCUUUCCACAGAGAUUCGUUUAGAAGGAUUUAUCAGACUAGAAUCGGUCUCAUGCCGGAACCCAGCAACUCGGAUGGUGACGAUCUACACGAAGAGUUCAACCUACUGCGUCCAUUCUUGAUGAUUCCAUAUUGGCGCCGUGCCUGGAUCAUCCAAGAACUCAUCCUGGCAAAAACGGUGAUUGUCUGUUACGGCAAUCGAUCGAUAGACCUCCACGAUGUUUAUGGCACCAGCCUUGACUGGGGUUCUUUCGAACAAGGAUUCGACGCAGGCGUAAUACAGAUCGCUGGACGGACGAACUUGAAACAACACUCCCGAGCAUGGAAAAUCAUUCAGGCUAUCUGUGGACACCGUCGAUUGAGAAAGCGACUAGAAUGGGAGAAUGGUGAAGAGUUCAGGUUUCUUCAGAGUGGCAACGAGGAGAUUGAGAGUCGAGCUGUGGUACUUAUGAAGAUGUCAGAGCGAGGAGACGUCGCGAUGUUUGAUGAGGUGAUUGGACUGUAUGCCCAGAACCAUUGCAAACAUCUGAGGGACAAAGUCUACGCUUUCCGAGAAUUGGUCCCACAAUGGAGAGAAAAUGUCGUCGUCGACUAUGACAAAAAGUCCGAUCUGGAAGUGUUUCAAGAUGUCGUGCGACUUGGUUUAUUGAAGCCGCAAAAGCACGGCGGAGGACACGUGGCAUUUUGGUUGUGGUCAGCGAUGAAUCUCGGGGAUCGCUCUGAGUUUGACAGCUUUCUGCGUGAACAUCUCCCAGAGAUUUCACAACGAUAG